UUAAAUGUACACCUUUUUCCCGCCCACAGACAAAUAUAUAUAUAUGUUAUGCUCUUGCCAUCUUCUUACAUUUCAAAGCUAAAAUCGAACUAAUCUAUGGCGCCCAAAAAAGGCUAUUCGCUACCUUCACCCAUUCCAAUCGGGAAUUGCGAGGUCGUUGUCGAAGCGAAGAAAUUCACCUCCGAAACGAAUGGAAACACUCUUCAAAUCUCUCUAUCCAAAAAUGUCAAAAUCAAAAUCUCAGUGGUAGAGAACAUGAUUGGAAAGAACUGUAAUGAUAUUCAGCAUUCUGGAUCUGAGGAAAAUGGGGAUUUUUACUUUGUGCUCGUUAACCCCAAAGAUGGAGAUAGUGGUGCCAAGUUUUUGCUUCAGGAUGUAUUGAACAUAUACACGAAAGAGCUGCCCACAAUGAAUUAUGCUGCAAAUACUGGAAAGGAAUCUAUGUUUCUUGAAAGAUGUGUAUCAAAUGGGAAGUAUUGCACGUUGCUUUUGAAAUCCAAGUCUGAUGAAGGUUCUGGAGAGGUCAUUUCUGCAAUUACUUAUCAAAUAAUUCCUGCUGAUAUGCAAUAUGCUGAGGUUCCUCUUGCGGCUGUUAGUUCAAUCUACCAACGCAAGGGGAUUGGUCACCUCUUGUACAUGUCACUGAGAAAGAGACUGCAAAGUAUAGGUAUUCGCACUAUAUUCUGUUGGGCUGAUAAGGAGUCUGAAGGAUUUUGGCUUAAACAGGGUUUUGUAUCGAUAGGUGAGGUUGAUGCCAAGGGCAGAGCUCGUAGGCUGCCUAUUAAGUCUGACAUUCGCAGGGCAUUAUGCUUUCCUGGUGGUUCAACCCUCAUGGUUUCUCAUCUUAACAAGGACAGUUCAGCUAUCCCUUCAGAGCCUCUAAAGCUGUCUUUUCCAUUAAAGCCUAUUGAGAAGUCUUUGCAAUCUGCAUUUGUUCAAAAACAAGGUGUAGGAGGUAUAGAAGAAAGCCGUGAUUCUUCCAAGGCUGUAAAUCAGAUGACUGCCAGCAAUGAAUGUUCUCAACCUGCUGUAUUAGUGAAUGAUGGAUAUCUAAUGGAUGGUUCUUCUCGCUGUCAUGUUUCAGUUCAAGGUUGCCCAGAACUAAAUCCUUUUGAGGGAAUCGAUUGCAGCAACAUGGCUAAAGGUUUAGGAUUAAACAAUAUUGGACCUGAUGCUGAGGUGAAUCAAUGUUCCUGUUCUGCGCUAAGUGGAAAGAAGAGGGUGUGGGAAGCCUCAUAUACCUCUCUGAAGUCAAAAAAAGUAAAGGGAGGUCAUCUAAUUGACUGCCAAUUAGAUUCUAGGGAUCUUGUUUCUGGAAGUGAUGGAAGAAAUAAAUGUUGUUUUGAUGAAGGCUCCUUAGCCAUUUCCAAGAACAAAUCUUUGGCGGAAGUUACUACAAGAGAUCCAUUGAUCUAUAGUUAUCCAGAAAAGAAUGUUGAAGAAUGUGGAGCAAUCAAUAUGACAUUGGAAGAUCAUCAUGGCAGUGAAGAACUUCUGUCAAAAGGAGAAUGCUUUAGAAUCAUGCUGAUGAAUAUUGCCAAUGAUGAAAAGAAAUUUAAUCUCACCAAGAUAAUUGAAGACCUUGGUGGGGCUGUUACCUCUGAUGGAAGUGUAAGCACACAUGUUGUUACGGGAAAAGUGAGAAAAACUUUGAAUUUCUGCACUGCUCUCUGCUCAGGAGCUUGGAUAAUCUCACCCAGUUGGUUAAAAGAAAGCUUCAGGAAAGGCAGAUUUGUUGAUGAAACCCCUUUUGUUUUGAAAGAUGAAGAUUAUGAGUUGAAGUAUAGAACUGAGAUAAAUGGUGCUAUUCUUAGAGCAAAAACAAGUCCUCACGCUUUGCUUAAAGGUCAUGACAUAUGCCUUUCAGCUCAUGUCCAUCCCCCCAUUGGUACCCUAUCAGCUAUUGCAAGGUCUGCUGGAGGAAAUGUUAUCCGUGGGCUGGACAAAGUAAAUGAAGCAUCAAAAACUAUAUUUGUGGCAUGCGAAGAGGACAUGGACGAAGCACUAUCAGCUGUAAAGAAAGGGAUUUGGACUUUCAGUAGCGACUGGUUCAUGAACUGUAUCAUGAGACAAGAACUUGAUUGGGAGGCUCCCCAGUUUGCAGAAUCCCUCUAACUGCACUUCAUAAUUCAUGAUUGUGUGAUAUGGAUCAAGUCUUGUAGGUAGUUUUGUACUAUGGAAGUAUAUAUAUUUGGGAAAAAGAAUAUGGGAAAAUGUAUCUAUCAUUUUAAAUUAUUUUGCAAUCCUGACAGUUUGACGGAUAAUAUCAAAAUGUCAAAUUUUUGUUUGAA